UUUGAUGCUAUAAAUAGCUAUGUGCAGUCUAUAAAUUACCUCUCUUGAUCUGCCUGCUCGGAAAAGACGACCCCUGCUGUUGAGCAGUUGGAAGUACAAGUUGCACAAAAUGGCCAUGAACGUGACAUUGGCUUUCAGGUAAAUGAAGACAGUUGGCCAGCAGGUGGCAGCAGUGUCGUCUUCCUGUGUCCGUUCAGUGACGUCACGUACAUCCUUGCAGCCUGUGGAAGGAGUCGCUGCAGUGUCCGCGGGGGGUUGGAGAUUUGAUUCCGGAGUCUGUCUGGACCCCCCCGGCGUCAUGGUGGUCUUCAACGGGCAGCUGAAGAUCAGGAUUUGCGAGGCGCUGGAUCUGAAACCCACGGCCUGGUCCCUGCGUCACGCCGUGGGGGGCAAGAGUCAGUCGACCUUCCUCCUGGACACGUACAUCGCCCUGAACGUGGACGACUCGCGGGUGGGCCAGACUUGCACCCGGCAGAGGACCAACAGCCCGACGUGGAACGAUGAGUUCACCACGGAGGUGCGCGACGGCCGCGCCAUCGAGCUGUCCGUCUUCCACGACGCGCCCAUCGGGUACGACGACUUCGUGGCCAACUGCGUCAUCCAGUUUGACGACGUCGUGCACAACCACAGCAAACACAUGGAGGACUGGGUGGACCUGGAGCCGGCUGGGCGGGUCUACGUGGUGAUUGACUUGUCAGGAUCGUCCUCUGAAGCUCCGGUCUCCAGCGGCAACGAGGAGCGGGUUUUUCGCCAGCGGUUGCAGCCCAGAAAACGUCAGGGCGCCGUACGCCGCAGGGUCCACCAGGUGAACGGACACAAGUUCAUGGCCACCUACCUGAGACAGCCCACCUACUGCUCCCACUGCAGGGACUUCAUCUGGGGCGUUUUGGGGAAGCAGGGAUACCAGUGCCAAGUGUGCACGUGUGUGGUCCACAAGCGCUGCCAUGAGCUCAUCAUCACCAAGUGUGCCGGCAUGAAGAAGCAGGAGGACAAGGUCCAGGAGCCGCUGGGCUCGCAGAGGUUCAGCGUGAACAUUCCGCACAAGUUCAGAAUUCACAACUUCAAAGUUCUCACCUUCUGCGACCACUGUGGCUCCCUGCUGUGGGGUCUCCUGCGACAAGGCCUGCAGUGCAAAGUGUGUAAAGUCAGCGUGCACAAGCGUUGCCAGAGCAACGUGGCACCAAACUGCGGCGUGGACGCGCGGGGCAUCGCUAAAGUCCUCUCGGACCUCGGAGUCACGCCGGACAAGAUCUCCAACAGCGCGCAGAGACGGAGGAAGGCGUCACAUCCGCAGCUCCCUCAGGUUCACCACCCACAACAGCUGCCUGAUUUACCUCAGACCCAAGAAGACCGCUCAAGAUCUGCCCCCACGUCCCCAUGUGACCCCGAUGCAAAGGAGCUGGAGAACAUCCGGAAAACUCUGUCCUUUGACCGAGGAGACAAGGAGCUCUCUCCUAGCCCCUCGGUUGCCGUGGUGACAGACACGAGGGGCGGCGGCGAGGGGGGCGUGAAAGAAAGUCAACAAAAAAACGGCGAGGUCAAAAGUCCUUCUGCUCCAGAGCUCCAGAGGAUGAACCUCCACGACUUUGUCUUCAUCAAAGUUCUGGGAAAAGGAAGCUUCGGGAAGGUGAUGCUGGCGGAGCUGAAAGGAAGCGAGGAGGUGUACGCCGUCAAGGUGCUGAAGAAGGACGUCAUCCUGCAGGACGACGACGUGGACUGCACGCUGACGGAGAAGCGCAUCCUGGCGCUGGCUCGGAAACAUCCGUACCUGACCCAACUCUUCUGCUGCUUCCAGAACAAAGACCGCCUCUUCUUCGUGAUGGAAUACGUCAACGGAGGCGACCUCAUGUUUCAGAUUCAGCGCUCCAGGAAGUUUGAUGAGACGCGAUCCCGUUUUUACGCCGCCGAGGUCACGUCCGCUCUGAUGUUCCUGCACCGGCAUGGAGUCAUAUACAGGGACUUGAAGCUGGACAACAUCCUGUUGGACGCAGAGGGCCACUGUAAGCUAGCAGACUUUGGAAUGUGCAAGGAGGGGAUCCUGGACGGCGUCACCACCAACACCUUCUGCGGGACGCCAGACUACAUCGCACCCGAGAUCCUGCAGGAGCUGCAUUACGGGCCUUCGGUGGACUGGUGGGCGUUGGGGGUGUUGAUGUACGAGAUGAUGGCGGGACAGCCGCCAUUCGAGGCCGACAAUGAAGACGACCUGUUUGAGUCCAUCCUCCACGAUGACGUCCUUUAUCCCGUCUGGCUCAGCGCGGAGGCCGUGUCCGUCCUCAAAGCGUUCAUGACCAAAAGUCCCAGCAAACGUCUGGGCUGCGUGCUCGCUAACGGCCUGGACGAGGCCAUCAAGCUCCACCCAUUCUUCCGAGAGCUCGACUGGACGCUGCUGGAGGCGAGGCGGAUCACGCCGCCAUUCAAGCCUCGCAUCAAAACCAAAAGGGACGUGAACAAUUUCGACCAGGACUUCACGCGAGAGGAACCCGUAUUGACGCCGGUGGAGGACAGCGUGGUGAAGCAGAUCAACCAGGAUGAGUUCAAAGGUUUCUCCUACUUUGGAGAGCAAACUGUGGCAUAGACGUACGUACGUGUACACUAUAUCCAAACCAUGGCGCCAUCUUUUCUUUGGACCGCUCCAGGAAGUAUACUAGACCAUUUGCAUUGCCACAUGUGUGGUUGACCUUGACUCAGAGGUCAUGUGAAGUCCAAACAGGUCGCAUUUGAAGCUCAUCUAGGAUCGCCAACAUGCUUUUUGCACACUCAUCGGGUACGCUUGUUGUCGAAUUUCGCACCGGCGUACGCUACACCGGGUUGCUCCUGCCCGUGGCGUGCACUUCCAAAAGAACGUUACCUCACGCUGUCAUGUGGCGGACCGUAAAGGCUGUGAUUGGUCAGAAUGUAGGACAUGACUUCCUGUGUUUACACCACUUUGCGGUUGUUUUAAUGAACUUUUAAUGAACGCCUGUCACCCAUUCAAAAGCCUUGGAAGAUAGCUGCUCAUUUAGAAUUUACACGCUGUUGUGCAACAACAACAACAUGACCUUGGAAAACAAUAACAAUGCUUGAAAUGAAUUACGUGUACUCAUAUUUCAACUGUAUGCACUUACCAACCAUUCAUCACCAACUCGCUCACUUAUUUGUGCAGAAUGAAUGAAUGAAAUCCUUCAAUUUCACAUCAACAUUUGCAAUAAAGUCUCGUUCCAGCUGCAAUAAAUCACCCUCUCACCCGUCUCUCUUUAAUUACCAUGGUUGGAUCGCUACAAAGGAAGACGACAAGAUAAAUAAUCGACAAGAGUUGAUGUCGCAUCAACGUCUACAAAAGCUUGGGUGUCCAAAGUAUGGUCCAGGGGCCAUUCGCAGCCCUCGAUUUGUUUCUUUUAUGGUGUAUGGUUUGGCGUGGUAUGGUGUAUGGUAUGGUGUAUUGUGUGGUAUGGUAUGGUGUAUGGUGUUUGGUAUGAUGUAUUAUACGGUGUAUGGUUUGGUGUAUUGUGUGGUAUGGUAUGGUGUAUGGCAUGAUGUAUUAUAUGGUGUAUGGUUUGGUAUGAUGUAUUAUAUGGUGCAUGGUAUGAUGUAUGGUAUAAUGUAUUAUAUGGUGUAUGGCAUGAUGUAUUAUAUGGUGCAUGGUAUGAUGUAUGGUAUAAUGUAUUAUAUGGUGUAUGGCAUGAUGUAUUAUAUGGUGUAUGGUUUGGUAUGAUGUAUUAUAUGGUGUAUGGUAUGAUAUAUGGUAUAAUGUAUUAUAUGGUGUAUGGUAUGAUGUAUGGUAUAAUGUAUUAUAUGGUGUAUGGUUUGGUAUGAUGUAUAAUAUGGUCCAUGGUAUGAUGUAUGGUAUAAUGUAUUAUAUGGUGUAUGGUUUGGUAUGAUGUAUAAUAUGGUCCAUGGUAUGAUGUAUGGUAUAAUGUAUUAUAUGGUGUAUGGUUUGGUAUGAUGUAUUAUAUGGUGCAUGGUAUGAUGUAUGGUAUAAUGUAUUAUAUGGUGUAUGGUAUGAUGUAUUAUAUGGUGUAUGGUAUGAUGUAUGGUAUAAUGUAUUAUAUGGUGUAUGGUAUAAUGCAUUAUAUGGUGUAUGGUAUGAUGUAUGGUAUAAUGUAUUAUAUGGUGUAUGGUAUGAUGUAUUAUAUCGUGUAUGGUAUGGUGUAUUGUGUGGUAUGGCAUAUGAUAUGGUGUAUUGUAUGGUGAAUGAUAUGGUGUAUGGUAUGGUGUAUUGUGUGGUAUGGCAUAUGAUAUGGUGUAUUGUAUGGUGUAUGGUAUGGGGUAUGAUAUGGUGUAUUGUAUGGUUUGGCAUGGUGUAUGGUAUGAUGUAUUAUAUGGUGUAUGGUUUGGUAUGGUGUAUUGUGUGGUAUGGUAUGGCAUCUGAUAUGGUGUAUGGUUUGGUAUGGUGUAUGGCAGUGUUUUUCAACCUUUUUUGAGCCACGGCACGUUUUUUACGUUGGAAAAAUUUUGCGGCACACCAAUAACCAACAUUAUUUGCUUCUUUCAGCUUUUUCCUGAUUAUGGACUCGCCACAGCAGAUCCUUUUGAUCCGCAUACUAAUUUAACCAACAAUGUUACAAAAUGUCCCCACUACCUCUCACGCGCAUCACUACGUCUAUUAGAUGAACGAGGCAAUCAGCUACGUGUUGCCACACGGACGAAUAUUACAUUGCUCUGCCAGUCUUUACACCAAUGACACGCGACAAAAUAAUAUUUGCAGAAAAUUAUUAAUACAUGUUAGUUAAAAAAGUGAUAUUGAAUAAUUCCUCACGGCACACCUGACGAUUUCUCACGGCACACUUGUGUGCCGCGGCACAGUUGUUGAAAAUCACUGGUGUAUGGUAUGGUAUGGCAUAUGAUAUGGUGUAUGGUUUGGUAUGGUGUAUGGUAUGGUGUAUGGUUUGGUAUAGUGUAUUGUAUGGUGUAUGGUUUGGUAUGGUAUGUGGUAUGGUGCAUGGUAUGGUAUGGUGUAAGGUAUGGUGUAUGGUAUGGUACGGUGUGUGGUAUGAUAUUUGCUAUGGUGUAUGAUAUGGUCUGGAGAAGAGCAUUGAAAAGGAUGAAGAGUGGGAAGGCACUCGGUCCUGAUGGUAUACCUCUGGAGGUAUGGAAGUGUUGGAGAGAGAACAGUAGAGUUCCUGACUGCGUUGUUCAAUAGGAUCUUAGAUGGUGAGAAGAUGCCUCGGGAAUGGAG